CUGUCUCUUUAAAUGAGUGGCUGGGAGGUGUUGGUGUUGAAACAGCGACUGUAGAGCAACAGAACGGGAACUGAUCGCCUCCAGAAACACAAAGGGACAUUAAGAUCCAUCGCUAUGGGCAUCAAACUGUAUUACACCACCGUCACUGCGUCGAGAGAGGUCAAGUCUCAGCAGGCCGAGGUCAUACGUAUUCUGGAAAGUAAGAGCAUCAAGUAUGAGCUGAUUGACAUCUCGGUGGGCAGUGAUGUUCGGGAUGAGAUGAGGAGUAAAUCUGGCAACCCCGCAGCAAUCCCACCGCAGAUAUUCAACGAGGACCAGUACUGUGGGAACUACGAGAUGUUUUCUGAGGCGGUGGAGGCAGACACAGUGGAACAGUUUCUGAAGAUUGCAUGAGGAGCCAAACCUGGUAGCAACCAUCAUCCUCUUCCCUUCCCUGCUCCAUGUCCACGUUCCCAAAGGAAGGCCUGCCUGUCCUCCUCUGCUCCGCCGGCGAGGCCUGCCUUCGGUGUCUCAAUGCCAUGCCACAUGCCAAAAACAAUCAACAGAAAAGCACACACUUGCUCUUGUACCACUAUAUUUACCCUCAAACGGAGACCCGGUCACUCAUUCAUUCCUUUGUUUCGAUGAUCAUGUUUAUUUCCUCUCUUGUGUCCUCUUUGGUUCCGACGCUUAAACACCACUAAAUUGUCUUAAUCUUGUUUGGAUCAGAGCGCUUGGAUGUGUAGUAAUUAGGUCACCAGGUCAAUCUGGGAAGCAACGCUGUGUUUAUUCCAGACCGAACUAAUCCACAGUCCAAGAAAUAGGAGAAUCAGUUUGUGUCCUGUAGUUGAAUCACAUUGCCAAUUUGUGUAGAUGGCCUUCAUAUAUUCCCGCCUUUAAAUCAUUUAGAAAUGGUCUGAAAUCUAUGUGUUGGUACCUUAAACACACAGGCCCUGAUUUCCAGCAUGAUGUGAACCAGCUGCACUGGAUUCUCUAUUAAACACACUUCUUUGUAUUGGAUGCUUUGGCAGAGCUGAAGCCACAGGUUUGCUCUCCGAGACCGGUUUCCAUUUAACAUUCCCAAAUUCAGGGAUUGAAAAACGUUCCACUGCAUUAAACUGUGCCAAUAAAUGUCUGUACGAAUGGGUUUUCCAUACAAGCAUUUUCCUCUGUCAUCUGGGUACAAACCUUAAUCCAAAGUCUGAAAAUCCAGUAUAAGAAUGAAUCCCACA